AUGCGUGUCCUCGCCAUCGCCAGCUCGAUCCUCUACAUCGCCACUUCAGCUCUGGCUGCCCAGCCGACCUCCGACUUUUGUGCUUUCGAAACGCCCAUAGAAAAUGAAGAACUAGUUGCCGGCACUGAUUUCCUCAUCAAAUGGACCAACUCCGGCAAAUAUACCGGCAAGGUUAAAAUCGAUCUGAUGGCCGGUAAAGACGCUAACAGCUUGACCGAAGCUGGGCUCGUCAACUCUAACUACGAUGUUGACGCGCUCUCCUUAACCUGGCCGGUGUGGACUUCGUUGGGCACCGAGCCUAUGUAUGGGUUUCUCUGCACACUCGAGGAAAAUGAAGACAUAUUUCAGUGGUCAAAGCCUUUCACCAUCAAGAAGUCUUCUUGA